GAAAGUCCUCUGAGGAGUCUCCCAAGACGCGCUCUCUUCUCAGCUAUUGUUGCCUCCUGCUCUCUUUUUUUCAGACACGAAAAGCUUAGGUUCUGUGGGUGAACGAUACUACGGCUGAUCCAAUCUGGAAUCCAAAGAUGAAGAAAAGCACAAGCAACGAUCCGUCGGCGAAAGUCGAGCGCAAAACCGUGGAGAAAAACCGAAGAAUCCACAUGAAAGCUCUAUGCUCCAAGCUUGCUUCCCUCAUCCCUCAACACCAUAUCACCACUUCUAAGGAAUUGCCGUCACAGCAAGAUCUGCUGGAUCAAGCAGCAACAUACAUAAAGCAGUUGAAAGAAAGGAUUGAAUGGUUGAAACUGAGGAAGGAACAAGGAGUGCUACGGUCCAAAGGGAUUGACACAAGCAGCUCUUUGACUUCGUCGGAUGAUCAGGAGGCUCAACUAGGGCUCGUGGUUCCAGUGUUCGAACUGAGAGACCACGGUUUAGGUCUAGAAGUGAUCUUGAUUAGUGGGAGGAGGAAGAACUUCACGCUGUACGAAGUGAUCAGCAUUCUUGAGGAAGAAGGAGCUGAGGUUGUCAGUGCCAGCUUUUCGGUCAUCGGUGAUAAGAUCUUCCACACACUCCAUGCUCAGGUGAGACUAUUUAGAGUUGGAGUAGAGACCACAAGGGUGAGGGAGAGAUUGAAAAAAUUGAUUCGUUGAUUCUCUCUAGAGAUCGAUCUUGUAAUGUUGCAACAACAAACAAGACGAGAAAAGACACGAACUUUUGCCUGAAAAAUGGUAAUUAGCUGAUGCAUAUUGGAGAUG